CCAACCAGGGAGGUACUGUUCUAUAACAAUGCCUACAAUCGCCCAUACCUGUCUCGCUUGUUAUGCCAGAACUACUCGUCGUUCCUAAACAGUUUGAAGAUUCUUCAAACCAGCUGAUACAAUACAGGAAGCAGUUUCUUCACUUACUUCCGGUAGCCAGGUGACAAGCGCUGCAUGAGUGAGGAAGUGCAGCGGACAUCUUAGUAUAUAUCUGCGGGAUCAGGUCAUUUGGUUGCUUGUGGAAGGAGUACUAGGAACAGUGUUCAGACCAAAUAUCAGCUAACUGUGUCAUAGAAGAUUUCCAACAGAGUUAAAUGCUCCUGGGGGAGACAGAGAGAGACCAAGAUGACGGACUCUAAAUACUUCACCACCACAAAGAAAGGGGAGAUAUUUGAACUGAAAGCGGAACUGAAUAGUGAGAAAAAAGAAAAGAAGAAGGAAGCUGUGAAAAAAGUUAUCGCUUCCAUGACCGUUGGCAAAGAUGUCAGUGCUCUUUUCCCUGAUGUUGUGAACUGCAUGCAGACAGAUAACCUGGAACUGAAGAAGUUGGUGUAUCUCUAUCUGAUGAAUUAUGCCAAGAGUCAACCUGACAUGGCUAUCAUGGCUGUCAACACAUUUGUGAAGGAUUGUGAAGAUGCCAACCCACUUAUUCGUGCCCUGGCUGUCCGAACUAUGGGCUGCAUACGGGUGGAUAAAAUCACGGAGUACCUUUGUGAACCUCUUCGCAAGUGUCUGAAGGAUGAAGAUCCAUAUGUUAGGAAGACAGCAUCUGUCUGUGUAGCUAAACUUCAUGACAUCAAUGCACAGCUGGUGGAAGAUCAAGGCUUUCUGGACACACUGAAGGAUCUAAUUUCUGAUACAAAUCCCAUGGUGGUAGCUAAUGCUGUCGCAGCACUGUCUGAGAUUGCAGAAUCGCACCCCAACAGUAACCUAUUGGACCUCAAUCCUCAGUCUAUUAACAAACUGCUUACUGCCCUGAAUGAGUGUACUGAGUGGGGUCAGAUUUUCAUUCUUGACUGUCUGGCCAGCUAUAUACCCAAAGAUGACCGAGAAGCUCAGAGCAUUUGUGAAAGAGUUACGCCUCGCCUGUCUCAUGCCAACUCUGCAGUCGUCCUUUCAGCAGUCAAGGUCCUAAUGAAGUUUAUGGAAAUGCUGUCAAAGGAUUUGGAUUAUUAUGGUACACUGCUGAAGAAACUAGCUCCCCCUUUGGUGACACUGUUGUCUUCAGAACCUGAGCUGCAGUAUGUAGCACUUCGCAACAUCAACCUCAUUGUCCAGAAAAGGCCUGAGAUACUGAAACAUGAAAUGAAGGUCUUCUUUGUGAAGUAUAAUGACCCAAUCUAUGUGAAAUUAGAAAAGCUGGACAUCAUGAUUCGUCUGGCAUCUCAAGCUAAUAUUGCACAGGUUUUGGCAGAAUUAAAAGAAUAUGCCACGGAGGUUGAUGUGGAUUUUGUUAGAAAGGCAGUGCGAGCCAUCGGGCGCUGUGCCAUAAAGGUGGAGCAAUCUGCGGAACGUUGUGUGAGCACACUGCUUGACCUCAUCCAGACAAAGGUGAACUACGUGGUCCAGGAAGCCAUUGUAGUAAUUAAAGAUAUCUUCCGUAAAUAUCCUAAUAAGUACGAAAGUGUCAUUGCCACUCUUUGUGAGAACCUGGAUUCACUUGAUGAACCUGAGGCUCGAGCUGCUAUGAUUUGGAUUGUUGGUGAAUAUGCAGAACGAAUUGACAAUGCAGAUGAAUUGCUGGAAAGCUUUUUGGAGGGCUUCCAUGAUGAAAGUACUCAGGUGCAGCUGCAGCUGCUAACUGCUAUUGUGAAACUUUUCCUUAAGAAACCCACAGAAACUCAAGAACUGGUGCAGCAAGUGUUAAGCUUGGCAACACAGGAUUCUGAUAACCCUGACCUGAGAGACCGUGGAUACAUUUAUUGGCGUCUUCUGUCAACAGACCCAGUGGCAGCUAAGGAAGUGGUGCUAGCAGAGAAGCCACUGAUUUCUGAGGAAACUGACCUGAUUGAGCCCACCCUGCUAGAUGAAUUAAUCUGCCAUAUUGGCACUCUGGCAUCUGUCUAUCAUAAGCCACCUAAUGCCUUUGUUGAGGGUAGCCGAGGAAUCCAGCACAAGCGACUACCACCCAGAACAGGAUCAAAUGAGAGCCCUGAGAAUCCAGAAAUGACCCCAACAGCAGUAACUCAGCCUACAGAGCAACAGCCAUCAGUAAUCCCGUUACAGGGUGACCUUCUUGGUGACCUGCUGAACCUUGAUCUCGGCCCACCAGCCACUGUGCCACCUACUUCAACUGUUCAGAUGGCAGCCGUAGACCUUCUUGGAGGGGGUUUCGACAGUCUGCUUGGAGACCUGGGUGGAAGUCCGGCUAUGGGAAGUGGUUUUGCAGCCCCUGCAGUUAUGCCUGCAGCUUUGAGUGCACCUCUUGGAGGAGGUUUGGGAGAAUUGUUUGAACUGACUGGAGGAGUUGGGGGACCCUCGGCUUCAUACAUUGCUCCAAAAUCAGUUUGGCUGCCUGCUGUUAAAGCUAAGGGCUUGGAGAUCAGUGGAACAUUUGUCCGUCGCAUGGGUUCCAUCUACAUGGAGAUGUCUUUGUCUAACAAUGCUAUGCAGGUUAUGACAGACUUUGCCAUCCAGUUCAAUAAAAACAGCUUUUGUCUUGCCCCAGCAGCUCCCCUGCAAAUCAAUGCUCCACUUGCUCCCAACCAGACUAUUGAAGUGUCUCUUGCAGUCAAUACAGUAGGCUCUGUAAUGAAGAUGGAUCCGCUAAACAAUUUGCAGGUUGCAGUGAAGAACAAUAUUGAUGUCUUCUAUUUCAGUUGCCUUUAUCCCCUUAACAUUCUGUUUGUGGAAGAUGGCAAAAUGGAUCGACAAGUUUUUUUGGCUACUUGGAAAGACAUCCCUAGUGAAAAUGAAGCUCAGUUCCAGAUAAAGGAUUGUACGCUAAGUGCAGAUGCUGUCAGCAACAAACUGCAGAGUAGCAACAUCUUUACCAUUGCGAAGAGGACUGUAGAUGGGCAAGAUAUGCUGUACCAGUCUCUGAAACUGACCAAUGGAAUCUGGGUACUUGCAGAGUUAAGGAUUCAGCCAGGGAACCCCAACUAUUUGGAUCUUGAGUUAUCCUUAAAGUGCAGAGCACGAGAGGUUGCACCUCACAUUUUCCAGACAUAUGAAAAAAUUCUGAAAAACUGAAAAACAGACGUAUCACGGAUAGGGGCUGGGGGUUUCUUAUUUUUGAUUCUUCUGAGGACACUGAGGGGGUGCAUAUGCGUGAUUAUAGAGUACAUCAAAGGAGAAGAGCUUUAAGAAAUAACUUGUCACUGUUACGGCAGAGUAUAUUGAAAACUGUUGUUGUAGUAUGUUGCUGCAUGGAUAAAAUGUCAAUGCAUUGGUAUGAAACUUUUAAAUCUGUUUCCAUUUCAGCAGAUUGUGUGUUGAACUGCAGAAUGUUUUGGAAAGGUCUGCUUAAAUAAUAAGCCAUAGUAGGUGUAUACUGUGAUGAUGUGGUUUAUUGUACAUACCAAGGAGUGCAGUAAGUUACAAGACCAAAGGUCACGUUUCCUAAGCCAAGGGAGGGCAUUUAAUUCAUUUGUCACACAUGUGCUGAAAUGUCUAUAGAAAUGCUGUGUAUUCCUGGAGGCAAAUGUAGAUUCAUAAUUUUGCUGUGCAUAUACAGAUUUUCAUUAUGAGAACAUGUGAUGUAAUAGUUAUACAUGGAAAUUAUCUGUAAGUUGACAUCUGUCUUGCAUUCAGACCUCAAGAGCUGUCUGACAGUACUAGAGUGGCACAGGGUGGCCUCCCUAUGUUGAAAGCAUCAGCUGUAACUCAUCUGAAUGGUUGCUUGUCUAAUUCAAGUCUGUUAGUCUCUACCAGGCAAAGAUUUAAUAGCGCAAAGCACCCUGUUUAGUUUUAGUUAGGAAAGUGAGAAGUUUCAGGAUAAUCUUUAAGCAUAAAAGCUUUUAACACUGGGUCAAGGGAUGUUCAUCUCUCCUCCAACAGUCAUACCUUCCAACCACUUAUAUAAAAAAAAGGAAGGAAUCCCUUAAGACAAAAGUGUAAGCAUUGAAGAAAUUGUGAGGGGACAUUCACGACUGCAAGGGGCCAUAUGUACCUCACCAAUUCCUUUUAAACCUGAAGGUGCCAGUUUUUCGUCAAUCAGAGGUAUGUUUGUCCCAGUCCAACUGCAUGCAUAAGUUAUUACCUUGCUCUGAUGCCCCCUUAAGAGGUAUGCAAGAUAGAGGCAUCAGAGAAAGGAUAGGUGUCAGUUGUUUUAUUUACCUUGCCAUGGCUGAUUGUUGGUUCGCAGGCAUCCACUGAGGGUACCAUUUCCUUUCAUGAAAUUUGACAUCUCCACUCCUCAGAGGUCCUGCCUGCAAGACAUUCUAAUAGUUUGAAGACUGCCCAAUUUUGAGACCUUUGGUUAUUUCAUAAAGGCUGUCAUCCUAUACCGAGAUGCAGAUUUGGUUGUCUAACCCCCCCCCCCCCAUGUCCUUAUUCUUCUGCAGCACAAUUUGAUUUUAAAAAUUUGCUGAAGAAUAUGCUGUGGCCUAACAGUGCUUUUCCAUUGCUUGUCCAGGGCAUAGUCCCACCAUUUCAGGAAUCACCCCUUUAUUUAAAGAAGAGGAGAAGCCCCUCACCAGGAAGGUUGCUAGAGAUGAACCUGGGAGACUGUUUUGCUUGCUCAUAUCCAUUAACUUUUAAUGAGGCGCAAUGUUGCUGCAGAUGAUGAUACACUUUCUUUAGGGUAUUAUUAAAGAUGGUCGCUUUCAGUGAAAAUAAUUCUCCCCAUCAGAAAUGUAUGUUACAACAGUUCAACUUCUUACACUUUUGAAAUUAAAUAGUGGGUUCACGAAAUAACAGGAACUUUUAGACCUCAAGCGGAUACAUGUUGAAUCGCUAAAUACAAAAAAAAAAAAUUGAAAGCAAACAUUGAAAGUUAAGAUUUUUACAGAGAGGGCAAGCCCCCCUGCACCUACCACGUUGGGGAACAGCUGACACAUAGGCUGUACCCUCCAUAAGGGGGGCACUUUCACCCCCCCCCCCCAAUGCCCAAGAAUUACAUAUCAUCGACUCCAAGGUUGCACAGCAGUGGAUAAAAAAGCAGUCUCCACUAACAGCGAAAGUAGUUUCAGCAAACUGUUUUUAAUUGUUUUUGUGUUUGCUGUAACUACCUUCAUUGACCUGACAGGCACCACUUUGCCCACAGCAUCCCCAGAUGAGGGGGCUUACACACCCCGUACAACAUGUACAUACACACAUGCACACUAACCACAGUUUCACUGUAACUGAGUAGUAAGAGUACUCUAAGGUGCCCACACUUUCAGAUUUAGUAUACAUUCCCCCUUAUUCACUCUUAAAAGUCUGCAAUGCAAAGGUUUGUAUUUACGGUUCAGAAUUUCAGCAGGUACCCUGAUAGUGAACCUCUUGGCAGAAACGACCAAGUAGUGGGGUCUGGGAGUUUUCUUUGACAUGAAAGGCAGAUAUUUAGAGCUUCAGGAAAGAAUGGAUGAGGAAAUUUUACACCAGAGAGCUAGAUUCUCAGCCCUUUAUACCCAGGAAAAAGAAAACUUAUAUAUAUAUAUAUAUAUAUAUAUAUAUAUAUAUAUAUAUAUAUAUAUAUAUCCUGCUGUAUACCCUGGUAUGGUGUCCAUCGACACACCUGGGGAGUCCAUGUUAGUACUAACGAAGAGUAGAAUGAUUGCUUAGUUUAGCAAGUAAUAGUUAAGUCUGUAACAUCAUUGAUUAAAGUUAAUUAUCCCACCCACAUGAUACAUUAUCAGGAAAGUAUAUUAAAACAUUUGAAAGCAUUUCUAGAGAGAUUAAUGUUAACUUUUUAGGAAGAGAUUCAUCAGACUGUGAUUUUAGGAUUCACUGUCUGUCUAAAGAUAUGAGGAGCCAUCUGCUGAAUGCCCCUCUAUACAAGGAGAACAUUUUUGAUUUCACUUUCUAGUAAAUAUUUGAUAAACUGUAUGAGAAGGGCAAGUCUAUGCAUUCACUUAAACAUCUGUUCCAUCACCCAUACCAAGGUGCUUCAGAAAGUUUCCUUCCAAGCAGUGUCUGUCUUGCAAGAAACUAGUCAAGAACAUACUAUUAUAAACAAAAGAUAUAUGCAAAGCAGCAGCUGCUGGCAUAGAGGGACAAAAGAAGCUGUAUCAGGCAACAGGGGAAGAAAAACAGGAGGCAAGUACCUUUCCAGUACUGCUGGGCUGGUAUGUCACAGUUGUGACAUUGUGUCUUCCUUUCCCCUCCUCCCUUAACUGACUCUUUCCUUUUGGGGUAUACUACUACUAACCAAGAAGCCAACUACUUUUGGCUACACCUCCUUUGAUUCAACUCCUAGACUGCAGAGUCAUGGACUUUGUCUUUGUUGUAGAAAGGAAAAUAUUCUGUACAAGACCAUUCUGUACUCAGAAAAGAGUCUUUGGAGACCUAACCAGUUUUGUGUUUUACAAAGAAGUUCAGUCUCUUCUUCAUUUAUUGCUGAUAAAUGCCCUUGUAGUGAUCCUGAGUAUGAAUGAUGUUACCUGCACAUCACUCCCCAAAAGACACAAAACAGUAUCUGAGGCUCUGUGUAAGAAGCUCCAUUACCACUUCAUUUCUUUACCCUUUGGUGUUUCUUCUGUGCCCAGCAACUUUACCAAAUGAUUAUCACCAUUUUUCCCACUUAAGGGUUAAGAGCAUCUACAGCAUCUUCCAAAGAGGAGCUGAAGAAUCCCCCCAGUUUUACUUUGCUUUACUUCUUAAAUCUGGAGAAACUUUGCAUACCUCCAGAAGUUAAACCUAGCACCAUACCACUUCAAGACUUUCUUAGGGCUGGUACUUGACACCAUAAUUUGCAUGGUGUCUCUUCCGCAUGAUAGUAUUCUUCUUGUGCACACUUUUUCAUAAUGAUUUCACAGGAGAUCCGUCUGUCAAUCAGAACUUCUCUGAAAGCCUUAGGAUGCAUGCCACCGACAACCACUGUCCUUCCUAAUGGUACUCUCUGCAAAACUCCAUGUGAUAAAAAUUCAGUUGUACUUGAAAAGUUUGAGAUCAACACUGUCUAGUCCUUCAAGACAGAAAUUUCAUUUACCCUCCAUCAAAAAAAGAGCUUUGUUGGUGGACACUAGUCGCUGCCAGCUCACGAUUCCUUUUCAUCAUUCCAGAUCUGACUUAGACUUUGACCAUGGAUGCCUCAGACUGCGCUUGGAGGCCAGUACUCUCGGAGUUCAAGAUAGAUAGUUCAAAAAAGUCACAAGCAUAUAUGUAGAUUUGAAGAAGGUGAGGGCCACCAUAUAUGCUUUCCAGAUCUUCAAUUUAAGUAUCAUGUCAGGAACUCUGCAGUUGGUAAGAGGCAAUGCCACUGUGAUCUAAUAAAUCAACAAAUGAGGGAACAUACUUUUAUCCCUGUGUAGACUAGGUUGGCAUAUUUGGGAACUAGGCAUCAGUCUAGGUAGUCUUUCUGAAGCAAACUACCUUCUUAGCAAAUGGAAUUCAGUAGUAGAACAUAUGAGCAAGUUGCUGGGAGUGUGCACGAAUUGAAAACGAACAGCAGAUCCUUCCUCAAGACCAUGGUGGAAUGCUGAGACGCUUAGUGAUUGAUUCGUUUGCAUCUUGAGUCACCUAAUGCAUAAAUUCUGUUCUCAACCCUCCUUCCCUGAAACCUAGGCGACUAUUGUCUUUUUCUUUCAUUGGAGCCAGUGUCUCCUUCAUGUAGCCCUACCUAUUCCUCAUUUUCUGUGAGUUUUAGUUUAAAAAAAAAAGUGGUCAAGAUAAAUUUUAAUUGCUGUACAUUGUGAUAGCAGAAGUGGUUUCCUCACCUAGCUGAAAUGACCUGGAUGGUCCCUUACUGUAUUGUACUGUGCUUGAUCUGUCCCAGUCUCAGAGUUAACUCUGCAAAGUCACUUAUCUCCAGAGGUUGUUCACAUUCUUCACAACAGAAAACUUAAAUCAUGUCGUGCCAAAUGGAAAACAUUCUCAAUGUGGUGUUGUGAAAAGCACAUAGGUUCAGCAACCUCUUCAUUUACUUUGGUGCUGCGGUGUUUUUUGUGUGUUAGUCUUGCUAGUCAUCUGGUGAUUAUGUUUAGAUGCUGAUGCACUCCAUGUUUGUUUUCACCAUGACUGUUGCUUCCUUGUAGGUUUAUCCAUGUCAUUUUAGAUUGCCUCUCUUGGAUCUCCUGUUAUCUGUUAAUGCCACUUUUAGACCAUUCCUAAAGGAUAACCCUGUAUUUGAGACCUCACAAAAGAUUAAUUCUUCUUUGGGUGGUUUGAAUUUUAUAAAUGAGAAGCUUUUUCCUUCCAGUUCUGCUGCUGUGAAGUUUUUUAUCCCGAGAAACCAUCCUCAUAUUACCAGGCAUCUCUUUCAUGGCAGCCUUUGAACUCCAAGUCCUGGCGUAUUUAAGAGCCUUAUAUAUUCUUCUUUAAGGGCAGGUCUUCAUGUCUAAAGAAAGCUAAGAGGCCUCCUUAAAACAAUCUAACCAUCUACUUGUGUUUCAUCCCAAACUUCAGAAAAAGGGAAAGAUUCUGUGCAUCGUGAAUGUUCAAAAGCAGCUAAGAUACACCAGCAGAACUAAAGACCUCAAACUCUCUCUCUUCAUCCAUUUUGUCUCCUUUGUAUAUGGGAAGCAGGGUAGACCAACAUCAGUAUGUUCAGAUGGCUAGCUAACUUUGUUACUAUUUGUUAUGACCAUUAUGGCAGGAGUAGAGAUGUCAGUUCAGGGUUAACUGUAGUGCUUCAGCCUCUUUUUGAAAAUAUGCCAUCUUAAGAGACACCUUCUUGGACUUCUGUCCUCACCUUCUCAAAGCAUUUCAAGUUGGAAUGCAGUUUAGACGUCUAGUGUUAGUUUUGCUUCUGCCAUUCUAAAAGACAUGUUGUAUCCCUCUAAUCAUGUUUAUGGAUGCAGGCCUUUUCAAUGCUUUAUAGUUCUGUAUCCCAUGUAUUAUGAACUACAAUGAUUGUUAGGUGAAUGUACUGUGGUAUUUUGAGGAUACUCACCAUAACCGUACAUGUUUGAUAAUGGUAUUGCUGCAGAAGGAACUCCCCCAAGUCCUGCCUUACACAUUUCAUGCACAUUCACACACACGAUAGAUGGUGUGGUAGGCUGCACCAGAAAGUUGGGCCUUUUAUUUGCAUUCUGUCGACAUUUUUUCUUUUAUUCUUUUGAUAGAGGUAGAUUUGGUUUUACAACAUUUGGUGGUGUAGUCUACUAUUUUUUCCCAAUUGUGCAAUUUACUGAUACCAACAAUAGUAAAUUUCACACUAGGGAAAAACCUAGCUUAGAUGUCGGCAGUGGGUAGGACAGCUAGUUUUUCCUUGUAGGACCCUGUCAUGUUUCUGCAUGAGAUACCCCUCUAGGCACAGAUUGGUGGCUUCUUUCUCACAAAAUAGAAGAUGGCAUGGUUACUUUCCCAUUCACAGCAGAGUUUCUAGCUGAUAUUGUUGGUAUGGGGAGGCAACCCUGCAUCUCUUUAAAGAUGCCCAAUUGUUUUUGAAGUCUGCUAUGAAGACUGAUGUCCUGCUAAUAAUUCCCAUGUGUUGUCCUGCAAAUAAUUCUCAUGUGUUACGAAUGCACUGGAUUUUUAACAUAUGCAGUUAUGUUGGGUAUAUACACACAGCUAUACAUUUUCAUGGCAAGAGCAUUUUAGCCAGUUAUGUAAUUAGACUUUUUGUACUGUUUUGUAAAGAACUUCAUGGAAUUUGCUGAUUGUUUAAAAUAAGAGCAAUUGUGAAAUGUCUACUUUUUUCUUGUGUCCAAGUCAUAAAAUUGACACUGUGUUAAUACAGUGCAAUUAGCAGUCAACAAGACACAUUAACAAGGAUACAUAUCAGAAGCCUUUGUUUCACAGGGAGAAUUUUUCCUAUAUGAAGUUAAGACAGUAGCAAGUUUUGGGUAGCAUUUCAUUAUUUUCCUGUCUGUGGAAUUUCUUAUCCAUCUAUGUUUCUGAGUUUUCUAUUGGUACUCCUGUUUCCUACCCAUUCAUAAACAUGCUGGUUGAUUAACUGUACUAAACUAUCUUCUUACGUACUGUAUUUAUUCUUACCCUUGAGGCUUGGAUCAUGACUGAAAAGAUCCAUGGACCAGACCAUUUAAGUGGUUAGCAAAUGUUAAAUUGAAUGAAUCCUAGUAGCAAGAGGCUUUGAUUCUAGCUACUCUUCCACUUUGCUUUUGGGGUCAUUCUUGAUGACAGUACUUUAAGAGGUAUUCUUUAAUCCAGACUAACAAGUACUCUUCAUUCUGUUGUUAUGCUUUCCACAUUAUAUCAGAGAGGACGCAUUUGCUGGAGAGCUUAAAAAUUUGACAGACCAUCUAAGUAUGAAAUUAAAAAAAUGGCAUUCAUUUAAUGUAUGAUCUUCAUAGCCAAUUCUGAGACAUGUCAUGACUGCUGUUUUUUUAGUCAUUGUUUACAGGACUACAACCUAAACAUGCAAAGUGAUUUAGUACUUGUUAAAUGCUGUCUGGGUUGAUUUUAUACCAAUGCUGAGCUAGAGCUGUCCUAUCCAGAACUUUUGGCUGGUCCACUGCCUGUGUUGAUCUUGUAGAGAGUGCUCUGAAAAGUGAGACUAACCUCACAGAGAGAAAAAAACAGCCUUAUUUACAUUCCCCAGUAUUUUUAUUACUUUUUUGUGAAACAGUUAUUUGGAUGGGGGUGACAGUACUAGAGCUACAGUUCACUGACACUAAGACAAACCAGACUCUAUCAGAAUUCUGCCCCAAAUGCUUUCCUGUACAUUGCAUUUUUAGCACAUGCAUUUACCCCUUUUAAUUAAGCUGUGUUAAAUAAACGUGGCUGUGAAAACUAA